GGACUUUUUUCCCCAAAAUAUAAAAAACCCUCUCACCUUCACCACUUCCCAAAAUCACACGCUUUUUUCCCCUGUAGCUUUCUUCUUCGACCACGCCGCCGCCUUCUUCGUCAUCGAAAGCCCAACCCUAACCCUAGGUUCCUCUGCCCUUUUCAUGUCUUCUUCCCGCUCCACCUCCAAUUGCUGGUUCUCGACGCCGCUCGCCCCUCUCUCGUUCCGGCAGAACAAUCAGAUCUUUACUCCAUGCGUUGCUCUCGUUUCUAGGGUUUUCCGGUCACAAUGAGCGAUCAACAGGUUUUUAUAUUUGGAUCUUUCACUGAAGAUGAAACUAAAUUGUUCCAGAGUCAGUCAGCUCAGAAAAGUCGUAAACCCCCUUCAGAAAAAAACGGACUACAACAAGCUUCUCAGAAGAUAGAUCUGCAGUUUGGAUCUUUAAAAGCUGAUUCUUUAAGUUCAGUUGAAGGCCUCCACACUAAGACCCAGCAGACAUCUCCUGUUAUUACAUCAAGAAACAUUAAACCACCAAAUUUGAUUGCAAAGAACACAUCUUUGACGAACAAAAAAUCGCCAGUAGGAAAUAAUAUAGAAAAAGGUACCACGAUUCAAGCAAAUGGAACCUCCAAUGGAUAUUCUUCUGCCUCUGGAAUCUCUGGCAAUGGAACGGAUACUUUGCAUUUGAGGUCAACGCACAUACGUCAAAUUGGACCUGGCAGUUCUGUAACUCCUGUAGCAGAGCAAACGCAUACUGUUAAACCUGCUUUUGUCAAUGAUAAUGGUUAUGAAGGAUUGAAAAAUGAUAAGGUUGUUGAUACAUCCUCAGUUGUGAAACUUGCAGAGGAUGCUCAUAAGAAGCUAGAUGAGCAAACAUCACCAGCCAGAAGCCUCCUCCCUAGGGGCUUAAUAAAUUUGGGAAAUCUUUGCUUCCUUAACGCCACAUUACAGGCACUGCUCUCCUGUUCGCCAUUUGUUCAGCUUUUGCAGGAUCUGGCAAACCGAAAUGUUCCUAAGGUCGGAUAUCCAACUUUACUUGCAUUUGCUCAAUUUAUAUCUGACUUUGGAAUACCUGGUGAUUCCAAGGAAAAGAAGCACGAGAAGGUUAUUAUUGAGUCAGGGAAGCCUUUUAGUCCCAUUAUGUUUGAGGAUGUCUUGAAAAUGUUUACUCCUGAUCUCCCAAAUAGCUUAUCAGGCAGACCCAGGCAAGAAGAUGCCCAGGAAUUUCUUAGCUUUGUAAUGGACCGGAUGCAUGAUGAAUUGCUAAAGCUCGGAGGCGAUUUCUCAAGUUCAAAUGAGGAGAGGUUGCCUCUAGUUUCAUCUACUGAAGAUGAUGAUGGUUGGGAAACUGUUGGACCGAAAAACAAAACUGCAGUGACCAGGACUCAGAGCUUUAUUCCAUCUGAACUUAGUGCAAUUUUUGGGGGUCAACUUAGGAGUGUUGUGAAGGCAAGAGGCAAUAAGGCUUCAGCUACAGUUCAGCCCUUCCUCUUGCUUCAUCUUGAUAUUCUACCUGAUGCUGUCCAUACUAUUGAAGACGCACUCCACCUUUUCUCUGCUCCCGAAGCACUUGAAGGAUACAGGGCAUCAGCUGGAAAGGCUGGGGUCGUAAGUGCUAGCAAGUCAGUACAGAUACAGACACUUUCUAAGAUACUGAUAUUACACUUAAUGAGGUUCAGUUAUGGAAGUAGAGGGAGCACAAAAUUGCACAAACCAGUCCACUUCCCUCUUGAACUGGUUCUAGCCCGUGACUUGCUUGUAUCUCCAUUAUCAGAGGGAAGAAAAUAUGAGCUUGUUGCAACCAUUACACACCAUGGGCAGGACCCGUCCAAAGGUCACUAUACCGCCGAUACAAGAUACUCUGCUGGUCGAUGGCUUCGAUAUGAUGAUGCAUCCGUUACUGCUGUAGGCACAAACAAAGUUUUGCAUGAUCAAGCCUACGUUCUCUUCUACAAGCAAGCCUAAGGCUUAUUGCCCUGUUUAUCAACUUACAACCUCACAUUGUAGUCCGUUUGGCUCAAUACUUUCUAAGCUUAAAUUUAUUAGCUUCUGUAAUCGAUAUAGAUGAGCUAUGUAAAAUGUAAAGCUAUUUAAGCUGAGUUCUUUUUUGUCGGUGUCGCUUGAUUGUAAUUAAACUGAGGUUUUCUGAAAAUCUAUACAGAGCUUUAUGUCCGUGUUGAAUUGCUGCUUCAAGUUUAAUGGGUUUUUCUAGGGGAUGUUUUUUGGU